CUUGAAACUGGCUUUUAUCGCCUUGACCACAUACCGACGCCGUCUGCAUCCUGGCUGUACGGCAAACGACAACUUCUAACUUAAACGAAGUGCAAGUGGAGGAAGAAGAGUACCACACGACGGGAGGAUUGCAACAUAACUGAUGGCGAUAAUUGCUACUUUGUGUUUGCAUCGUCUACCACAAAACGAUGUAGAAGGAGGGUCGAUGCUGUCCAUGUAAACAGAAGACAGAAUGGCCGCCUCUAUCGAGAGUUUGCUGGAAGAAAUUUCCAACACAGAAGAGCCGAUUGAAGAUCUUCAAUGUCUUAAAACUGCACUUUUAUCCAUACCUUUGUGCGACUUGAGGGACUUUGUUAGCGGGCAUCGCUUCGAAGUGAUCUUCUCUUUGUUAAACUCCAAUGAAAGGGAGCAGGUUGAACUGUGCGUGGACAUCCUCGAACGCAUCUUAAUGGCCUGCAGCCCCCUGCACGUGGUCCAGAACUACAGAGCUGAGCUGCAAGCAGGUCUGACGCACCCCAACGACACUGUCAAGAUACUGACUUUGACUCAGGUGGGUAGGAUGGCAGAGCACCCCGAUGCCACGGUGGAAAUCCUCAACAGUUGCGACAUUAUUGUAACUGUAAUGCGCUCCAUUGCGGCUGAGAACAUGAUGGUGGCGAAACAGGCCAUCCAGUCCCUGUCCAAGCUAGGUCGUACCCAAACCGGUGUGAACAAACUUAUUCUCAGCGACUUGGUGAACGUUCUGAAGGACGUGUUGACCGUGAGCGACGUCAUCCGAUACAGAGUCUAUGAGCUGGUUGUGGAGAUCUUGUCGGAAUCCUCUUGUUCACUUGGUUUUCAUGCCUGCAGCGACAUCAUAAAUCAGCUUAUUGGAGAAUUAACAGGAGAUGAUGUUUUAAUCAGGGCCACGGCCAUUGAGAUGGUGAAGACUAUUGCUCAAACUGAGCAUGGCCGCAAGUACUUAUACGAUCAGAGUGUCAUGAACAAGAUUGCCAAGAUGAUGACAGACUCAGAUAUGGAUCCUUUCUCUUCCUUGUAUCUCCCCGGUCUCGUGAAGUUUUUCGGCGUGCUCUCAUCCAUGCAAGGUCCGCAGCAGGUGUGCGAAGACUACCCGGUCUUCCGGAACAAAGUGUUUGAGAUGGCCCUGGACACGGAUCCCGUGUUGGUCGGCGUGGCUCUGGACACGUUGGGACUGUUGGGCUCUAAUGUGGAAGGGAAGCAAGUGCUGCACAAAACAGGUGACGACUUUAAGUCGGUAAUGUUCAGGAUGAGCCAGAUUGCCAGCACUGGUGCUACCGAGCUCCGUGUGCGCUGUUUGGAGGCCAUUUCACAUCUCCUUACUCUGCAGCCAGAGCAGCAGACCGAAGACCUGCUGGCGCUGACUGAGUCCUGGUUCCACCUUUUGUCCAAGCAGCCCAUUGACAUGAUUCGCAACAUCAGCACUCAGCCCUUCCAGGAGCUGCAUUGCAGUGCCUUACGAGUCUUCUCUGCUGUCGCCGCUCAACCGUGGGGUCAGAGGUUGAUGGUGAGCACGCCUGGUUUUAUGGAAUUCAUCCUGGAUCGUUCUACUGGUCAAAGCAAGGAGGCCAAAGAUGCCAAGUUUGAGCUGGUGGGCUCCCUCUUGAGUUCGUCCAGCGCAGCGGAGAUACUUGGCAGCCAGAAUUACAUCUCACUCAAGAGCUACCUGAGAGAAGGACCUUACUACGUGGCGGCGGUGGCUGCAGUCGGCACAGAAGGAGCCGAAUGAUGCAUACCAGCCAAGCCGAUGUUUACACGUGUGCCAUUUUCUAAUAAACCCUCUUUCUUGACAUGAAUAAAUAACACUGCA